AGCAGGCAAGUGUGAAGUAAUUUUUGUGCCAACAUAUUGCAAACAAAAAUCACUCCAAACUGGAUUUUUGUUUAAUAUGGUAGCACAAAAAUGACUUCAUAGUCUAGAGCAAAAGCAACAACUACAACAAAUAUUUACAGACAAACAAUGAAAACCCUUUUAGGAAAUACUUAUUUUUUUAUUUUUUUGAAUCUUUUUAUGUGUUUAGAUAUUUAUUAAAUGUUUUAAUCGUGCCGUCCCACCUAAUGUCUUCUGGAUUUUUCUACUGGUGGCAGAAUAAUUCCUGGAAGGUGAGAUGGAGGAUUGUUUUUUAACAACAAAGAUGGAGUUGAUUUUGUGCAGUUGGAACAGCGCCCCCUGCAAUCACGUGAAUGCACUGCGGCAGCAUAUGAACUGAAGAGUUAAAGCUCAUUCCGGUGUUCCGGUGUUUUGGAGGUUCUGGGUUCCACAGCUUUUGUGUGAAGGUUGGUUUUUCUGGUCCUUCACCAAUAGUUUUGUGAUGACACCCAACUGACUUACAUUUGGAUCAAUCAGUUGCCAGUAUCUCAAUUCCGAUUAAGAAACUGUUUCCUCAUCAUCAGUCUGUAUGUCAGUCCUGUUACGGUUGCUAUAGAAACCUCCCCUCUCUCUACCACAAAGCAUCUACCAGAGCGUUUCUUGGAAACCUGAGCAGGCGUGGCGUCCAGUGGUCACCUGAGCCAAGCUCCUGCUGAAUGUUUGAUGGAGGCUGUCAGAGAUCCUGUGAGUCACUAGUCCAGACCCGAACACCUGGACAGGUAGACGUUUGGGGAGGACACGACGUGCUGAGAAGCUGCAAGUCCUCAACAGUCAGGUGAUGGUGUCAGGAUGUCUGAAGGGAAGCAGCGAACUCUGUCGACCUCUGGGGAGUCUUUGUAUCAGAUCUUAGGGUUGGAGAAAGGCUGCAGCCAUGACGAAAUCAAGAAGUCUUACAGGAAGUUGGCGUUGCGGUACCAUCCGGACAAGAACCCAGAGAACCCAGAGGCAGCGGAUAAGUUCAAGGAGCUAAACAACGCUCACUCUGUGCUGACCGACCUCAGCAAGAGGAACAUCUACGAUUCAUACGGAUCUCUGGGGCUCUACGUGGCCCAACAGUUUGGGGAAGAUAAUGUCAACACAUACUUCAUGCUGUCUACCUGGUGGGCUAAGGGUCUUUUUUUGCUGUGUGGGAUCCUGACCGGAUGUUACUGCGGCUGCUGCCUCUGCUGCUGCUGCAACUGCUGCUGUGGAAAACUUAAGCCCCCGCCCGCAGGUGAGGGGGCGGGGCCAGAUUAUGUGUCACCUGACGACCUGGAGGAGGAGAUACGCAAUGAUCCAGACAAUGAUACCGACACGCCGAUUGUCCACCAGCCGACCAACGCCAGCGAGAAGACACAGCUGAUUGGCGAUGGUCAUCGCAGAUACGGAGACACGUAUACUUGAGACAGAGUCUGACCAGGAGCGCCAUGGCACAUCCCUGCAGCAACCCACACAUCAACAAGCACAACCACACAAAUUCACUUCCCUCUGAGUUCCUUAAGAAUGAGUCUGAUAUUUGUGAAAUCCUGACAGUAUCUGACUGACUCUGCUUCCACUCUGCAAUCUAAAGACUUUCAUCUGCAAGCGGACUGUCUUAAAACAUCUUGAUAACAAACUUAGCUGGUUAACUUUAAGGAUUUCUGCAAAUGUAAGGCUGGAAAUUGUUCAGGUGUCAUUGCUAAUCAAACUUAUGCUGUUAUUGGCUGUUGAUUGUUGGUGUUCACGUAGGGGUGAAGCAUAAAAAAAGAGAAAAGCUGCAGACAAUUUGUGCAUUGAAGCCUUUGUACCUGCACACACACAUUGGCCCAUAAAAGAUGAUGUAGAUAAUUCUUUGGUUUGUGCUUCUCUUGUGUUGAGAAAACUUGUGGUCAUGUGACCUCACCUGGGGCGGGUUUCUCUGCUGUUUUGUCACCGAAUAAAUCAUUGAAGUGUUA